AUGGCUUAUGUUAGGCUCUCUCUUUUGGCUGUCUUGUUGCUUGCCACAUUUUCAAUGUUUUCAAUGAAGAACGUAGGAGCUACUGAUUGUUCAGGUGCUUGUUCUCCAUUUGACAUGCAACCAUGCCGCUCUACGGAUUGUCGUUGCACCGCUUUUACCCUCUUUGCAGGUUUAUGCACAAAUCCAUCAUCUCCAAGUGUUAUGAAGAUGAUUGAAGAACAUCCUAACUUAUGUCAAUCUCAUGCGGAUUGCAUAAAGAAGAAAAGUGGUCGUUUUUGUGCUCGCUAUCCUAAUCCUGAUAUCGAACAUGGAUGGUGUUUUGCAUCUAACAUUGAAGCACAAGACAUAUUCUUCAAUAUAUCCUCUAAUUCUGAAAUUUCAAAAACUUACUUGAAGAUACAUUCUAGCACUUAA